AUGUUCCGGAUCUUGGCAGGAGGUUGAGAAGCAGAGAUGGUGAUUCGGAGGGGACGGAGCAGCUCAGGGCUGCGCUCCCUGUCUUUCUCAAGGAAGCUCUCCUACUUCGACGGCGAGUUUGAGAGGUUGUACCAGCGCCGGCUUCUCCCCGCCUCCGCCUCCGAAUACUGCCGGCUCAUGGAACCUCUGCUUCGGUGCUGCUCACCCCCAAGCCGCCGCAGCAUUAGCCGGGCCCAGGGCAGGAUCGCUCUCGUAGCUGGCGUCCUCUUCCUGCUCGGCUGCCUCCUGCUCCACAGCCGCCCCGGCUCCAGAUUUAUCAGUUACUGCGGUCGGGCUUUGCUGAUUCAGCUGCUGCCUUACUGGGACUGGACAUUGUACUCUAAUUCUGACUGCCUGAUCAGGAACCCUUAUUACUUUGAGAGAGGCCUUGAGGCUUUGCAGCUCACAGACUGCAUCACUGUAUGUCAACAAUAUCCAAAAGUGGAAUUUCUGCACAAAGUAGACCCAAAAGUUGUUCUCCAGAAUUAUCUACGUCAGAAUCUACCUGUCAUCAUAACAGAUGGGGCAGAAGAAUGGGUUGCACAGAGAGAGUUUACUGUGCCAUUCAUAACUCGGUUAUACAGUGGCCACCCAGUUCUGCAGAGCACAGAAGUAUGCAGUUAUUGGGACUCCCUUCACUCGGUGGAGAAUACUCCUAUAACCUUCUUUGAAAAAGUCCGUCAACAGAGGCUUGACCAAUGGGCAAUUCAGUGGAAGAAUUGUAACAAAGCAGCUGCGAAGGUAAUCCGUGCAUUUUAUCAACGACCCUACUUCCUCCCUCCGGUAGUGGAACUGGCAGAGUCCAACUGGUUGCUGAUGGCAUCACAAGAAGAGAACAGCGCUGUAGAGGACACAUUUGUAAAGGUGAAAGAUCAUGAUGGGGACUUGUUGAUGUGGAUCGCUCAGCUACAGGGGAUCUUUGAAGUUCAACUCUUACCCAAGGACAUAUGUGCAAGCAAAUGUACUCAUUUUACCUUGAAGCUCUCUCCUGGAGAGAUAGUUGCUAUACCACUUCAGAUGUGGGAAGUUCAGUAUCGUCCAUUUAGUUCCAUUGCCAUAGGACUUGCUGCAACAGGUAACUGGCUUCAAGAUCCCAGGUAAUGAUGCAAGAAGUGAUUCCACAAGGCCGUGUAUCUUGCUUCAAGAAAUAUCUGAUUUGGACUGGCCAAGUUGGUGCCAGCAUCUCUGACCUUGAAUAUCCUUGGAGACCAUCUAUUUUUAUUUGCCUUGAUAUAGCUGUGAAGUUUAAAUCCUCAUUUUUGUGGGGUUUCUGCAAGUUCAAGUUGGCCCAUUGAAUGAAAAGGGACAUGUAGAUUUCAAGCAACCAUCAUGGUCGAGGCCCAAAUUAAUUCAGAAUUAUAAAAGAAAUGCUACAGUGAGUUGGAUAUUUUACUUAUGCAUUAAAAAGCUGGUCCACUGAUACAAAUCAUAAUUGACAAUGAAAUACUGAACAUCAUAUUCAAAGGAUCUACAGUACAGAAAUGGGAAAGUGAUGCUCCUUCAGUUGUGCACAACAUUGACAAUGGUCCUCAAGAGCAUUGCAAAGAGUUUUAAUCAUCGUACCUCAGAAAUGAUACUUUGGUUUAGGAGGGAAUUUGUUAUAUGUUCAUCAGAAUAAUGCUGGGGUUUAGAGGGUUAAAUUUGAGGACAAGUGCCUCAACUUUAGAAGGUUAAGUGAUAAUCUGACAAAGAUAGUUUCUUCAUAGCUACGCCUAUCUUUGAUCGAGGAAUCGAGAAUAGGAAUCUUAAAAUUGGAACUACCCCACUUAAGAGUAACAUCAGAAAGGACAUUUUUUCCAGUGAAAUCUGGAACUACUUAAAGGCUGUGGAUAGUGGGAUUAUUGACGUUUUCAAAACUGAGUUCAAUAUAUGUUUGUUAUGUCAGUAUAUCAAAGGAUUGAGUAAAAAUGGAAGUAAGGUACAGAUCAAGCAUGAUCUAAUAAAGUUGUGGAAAACCAAAAAGAGUUGAAUGGGCUGAUCCUGUUCCUUUGAUUAAAUUUUUGUUGGUAUACUUCCCUUCAGCUGUCCGUAAUUCUCCUUUCAAAAUGUUUAAAAUAAAUUGUUUCGUCUUGGUAAACAUCAAAAUGUAAUAACUCUUUCUGCUUUUAGAGAUAAACUACAGGAUAGCAGCAUGGCAGGAAUUGAUUUAUUUUUAAAUGGAGACAGAGGACUGCCAAUCUAAGGAGGAGGGGUACUAAUCUCCUGUGGGAGACAUGUAUUUGAAGGAGCUACAGUUUGAAGGAGAAAAAGAUCUGAACAUUUUUCUUCAGCAGUGGAGAAUGGGUACAGAGCUGUACAGGGGAUUGUGACUGUGAACAGACAAUGGCAGUUCUUUAUAGGAAAAUCUCCAUGUCAUGAUUGGAAAAGCAUUUCAAAUAUAAAAGGAGAAGGGACUUUAGAAAACAGUUGGAGGAAGAGAUCUGUGAAUCUUAGAGAAACCCAGAAAUAUGGCUGCAGAUCUCUUGGAGGCAGAGACUGUUGAUUUCUGCAAAAUUAUAAGUGUUGAGAUUCAUCAAAUGAGAAAUGAGUUUAUUGAAAGUUUUUUUGGAUUGAGGGAUACUGUACUGUUCUUGAAUUAAAGUAAUUUAUCUAGUUUACUUUCUACUUAGUUAACUCACGUUCCAUCACUUGCCUCUUAUUGUUUGGUUACGUUGACAUAUAUAUAAACUGAGGUUAAUCCAAGGGAUACAGUUUUGUUCAUAGCUCAGAGUAUUAUGAGGAAUGGUAAAUCAGAAAUAGAGUGCAACUGUGGAAUGGUCAAUUGCAAGGUGAGAGAUUCAAGGAAAAGGGAUCAGUAAAUACAGCUGAAACAUGCACUGAGUAUCCUUGUUACAACCAGGUGAGAAGGGCUCCCAUCUUUUCAUCCUCCCCUAAUGAUCACAACAAAAGUUUGUAUACUUUUACAUAAAGGUGGUCCAUGCUCCCCCCUACAACCCACCCUCCCAUCCUGGCACCUUCCCCUGCCACCGCAGGAACUGUAAAACCUGUGCUCACACCUCCUCCCUCACCCUAUCCAAAGCCCUAAAGGAGCCUUCCACAUCCAUCAAAGUUUUACCUGCACAUCCACUAAUAUCAUUUAUUGUAUCCAUUGCUCCCGAUGCGGUCUCCUCUACAUUAGGGAGACUGGGCGCCUCCUAGCAGAGCACUUUAGGGAACAUCUCUGGGAUACCCGCACCAAUCAACCACACCGCCCCGUAGCCCAACAUUUCCAACUCCCCCUCCCACUCUGCCGAGGAUAUGGAGGUUCUGGGCCUCCUUCACCGCGACUCCCUCAUCACCAGACGCCUGGAGGAAGAACGCCUCAUCUUCCGCCUUGGAACACUUCAACCCCAGGGCAUCAAUGUGGACUUCAACAGUUUCCUCAUUUCCCCUUCCUCCACCUCACCUUAGUUCCAAACUUCCAGCUCAGCACUGUCCCCAUGACUUGUCCAGACUUGUCCUACCUGCCUAUCUCCUUUUCCACCUACCCACUCCACCCUCUCCUCUCUGACCUAUCAUCUUCAUCUGCUCCCCCACUCACCUAUUGUACUCUAUGCUACUUUCUCCCCAUCCCCACCCUCCUCUAGCUUAUCUCUUCACGCUUCAGGCUCUCUGCCUUUAUUCCUGAUGAAGGGCUUUUGCCCAAUAUAUCGAUUUCGCUGCUCCUUGGAUGCUGCCUGAACUGCUGUGCUCUUCCAGCACCACUAAUCCAGAAUACUUUUACAUAAAGCCAUACUGCUCUCUAAUUAAAACUAGAGAAUUUUUUUUGCUGUGAGCAACAAGGAGCCAAUCAGCAAAGCUUCCUUGAGUCACGGAAAGAGCAGAUUUAUUAACUGACUGUUAAAGCAGAGGAAAAUAAAAGCACUUGGGUUCCCUUUUUUCCUCUCUCUCUCUGUGUUUUAAGGGUAAUAGUAAGGAAGAUGAAAGAUUAUACAGUUUAGAAGUCUUUGUGUGUCCUUGAGAUAGCAGGACAACAUGGUGGCGAGGUGGUUAGCGCUGGUGGCUCAGCAGUUAGCACUGCUGCUUCACUGCACCUGGGUUCGAUUCCAUUCUCAGGUGGCUAUCUGUGUAGAGUUUGCCUGUUCUUCCCAUAGAUGCAUGGGUUCCCUCCAGUUGCUCUAGUUUCCUCUCUCAGUCCAAAGAUAUACAAACUAGGUGGUUUGGCCAUGCUAAAUAGCCCAUAGUGUCCAAAGAUGUGCAAGCUGGGUGGAUUAGCCAUGGUAAAUGCACAGUUACAGGGAUAGGGUAGAAGUGUGGGUCUGGGUGGGAUGCUCUUCAGAGGGUCAGGUUCGCUGCACCUUGGAUGAUGCCUGAACUGCUGUGCCCUUCCAGCACCACUAAUCCAGAAUCUGGUUUCCAGCAUCUGCAGUCAUUGCUUUCAUCACUUUGAUGGGCUGAAUGGCCUGUUCCCACACUGUAGGGAUUCCAUAAUGAUAACAUAAGGUUUUAACCUGAGGUUGGUUGUUAAGAAGGUGAUUUUCUGGAUGCAGUAAGUCAUAGCAAUUGUUCCACUUGAUGAAAUUCUUGGUUUCUCGAUUAUAACAGUCACUGAAACGGUCACAUUUUGUAACUAAUAUAAACCUCAGAAAGAAAAUAGAGAGAACAGCUUCUCUUCAAUUAUCAACCAUACUGCUCUGAAAGCCUUUUUGCUGAAAUACCAAUUCUAGUGUUUAUCUCUAAGAGGUUCUUUCAGAUAGCCUCUCUGUGGCAACCAGUGUCAAUGUCUUCCUGAGAUAGUGAUAAGUUUCAAAGGAUGAAAACCUGGCUAUCAUCUAAUUAAUCCAUUACUACAAAGUGGUUUGAUAAUCCAUUCUCAGACUUUCCCUUAAUAUAGAUACAAGGGUUCAGUUUUCCUCUUUGCAUAAUGAACUUUUGAUUGAAAUCUUUAUUCCAGCAACACCUGAAAUAAAGAAGUCUCACCCCUAUGCAGAGACAGUUAAAGGUCUUUUUAUGAGUUAUACAUUCUAAAUACUUGAUUUUCAUGUGCAGAUAAUUACCUCUUGUGUAGCUUUUUCUAGGUGUGGUAAUUAGUCCCAGUUAUUAGACGUUCCUUUGUAUUUUCCAUUGAUCUUAACUGAUUUCAGGUCAGGUAGACUCUGGCAGCCCUUGUCUCAACUCAAAUUCUAAAUGUUUUUCUCUCACUCUGUAGUCCAAGGUUAACUGAUUAAAAUUUUAGGGAGAUAAAACCUGUAUUUUAUUAUCAUGAUAUCCAGCUAUAUUAAACACCUCUAACUGAGAAUGUUAAUCAUUUUGUUUGAACAUGAUGUAAAGCUUAUUUCGCACUAUUGAACCCUUUUGUUACAGUAGCAUAGAUCUCAUCCUGUGCAAAUAAUCUAAUCAAAGUUUAUGUUAGAUAUCAGGAACUCCGAUUAAACCACAGAACAAUGAAGUCAAACAGCACUUUGCUGUGGAUCAUCUUGUGAUUUUGAUAAAGCUAUUUUAUCCAUCACA